AUAACCGAUGAAGCGUAUGAUGGAGCCAUCCCUGACCUCUCGUGCCCUCAUGUUUACACCCUCAAAGGAACCAUAUCUAGCUACCUUUCUCCUAACUCCUUUCCCCUUUAUUCUCUCUGCACCUACCUCACUGUACUACCUUUAGACCCAGCUUCUCCACCUUACAAAUUCUUUCUGCUUCCCAAGCAUCUCCUUUCUUAGUCUUGCAAAUAAUGCUUUACCCCUACUGGCACCGAAUGAGAUGCGGUUUGCUCCCUAAGGACUUCUCCCAAACAACUACAUUCCAGAAGCAUAGCUGAAAGGAUAUUGUCUCUUUCAUUUUUUUACCUUUUUUCUUUUUUUUUCCCCAGAAAGGAAAACUGGGACCCAGAGAGGGGAGUUGAUUUCCUGUAGGUCACAGGUCAAGUUGGUGGUGAUAGAUCCAGAUCUAAAGUGAAACUCUUGCAUGUGCCCCCGACUCCCAGGUUGGAGUCUCUUUGGAUGAAAGUCUUACACCCUUUUUGGAGAUGGCUGAACUAGGUCAGGUUCAUUUACCACCAAAUAAGUAUCCCAUCCCCCCACCUCAACCCUGAAACUGUAGGAGCUGACAGGUUGUGCAACUAUUUUACAGGGAACUGGGUUCACCCUGACCAACCUUGAGCUAUUUUAAGGUUGCCCUGCCCAGCUUAGUGUGUGUCAGUGGGUGAGCAAGACAUGUGCCUCCAUGGUGGCAUGGCCUGUGUCACCUCACACGUGUCCUGGGAUCCUCCACCCAACUCAUGGCAGGCGGAGCUAGGUGCUUGUCAAAGGUGUGGCAGGCAGCUCACCUUUUCUCCCCCUGCCAGUGCAGUGGGAACACGGCCACCUGGUCGGCGGUCUAACUAGAGGGCCAAAGUCCCUGAGUGGCCAGAGAGCCAAGGUCAUUGUCACCAGGCUGAGAGAUCUGGAAGGGGGAAUUCCAAAGCCUUGGGCUGAACAGUUUGUCCUUCAUUCCGCUUCUGGCGGCUCACUGUUCCGCCCUUCCUGGGUUCAGAGAGAGUGUUCACUCUGAUUCUUGACCUUGCAGCCCAGGGGAACAGGUUCAAUACCUUCAGUACCUUCAGAGAGGAUGUCUUCCGGUUUUCAGGGAAUGUGACUUACUCUUGUAGGACCUCCACCCUCCUCUCCUUGCUGUUGACUAGCUGCCCCUCCAUGGGUCUCAUCCCUGGAAUGGUCUCGGUAUUUUUUUUUUUUUUUAAUUUUAUUGAAGUAGAGUUGACUCACAAUGUUGUAUUAGGUUCAGGUAUACAGUGAAGUGAAUCUGUCAUACAUAUAAAUACGUCCAUUCUUUUUUCCCAUAGAGAUUGUUACAGACUAUUGAGUAGGUUUUCCUGUGCUAUACCGUAGCUUCUUGUUAAUUAUCUAUUUUUAUACAGUAGUAUGUAUAUAUUAUUCCACCCUCCCAAUUCUUCCCUCCCCCUAAUAGUGUCUGGUCUUGGUAUUAAAAUUAAAAUUGGCAGCUGGGUUUUUGUUGUUGUCGUUUGGGGGUUUUUGUUUGCUGGUUUUUGAAGCCCGGGUAUUCUGAAUGUUUUUCAGCUGCUCAUCCCAUCCCCAGGUUGGCUGCUGACGAUUAAGUCAUUAGCUGCAGUUGAUAUUCUCUCUAUAUAUAUGUUUUUUUCUUUUUUUUGCAGCUGAUAUUCUAAAGGCAGGUGUCUUUAAAGGGGGGAGGGUACAUGUGUGAGAUACAGAGCAUCACAGAGGUAAUGCCUCUGGGGAGGUAUCUUGCACCCGAGGCAGAAGCCGAAUGUACCUGCUGAGCGUUGUGGGGGUUGGUUGGCCAGGUCUGAUAUAGGUCGGGGAGUGGCUUACUGUGGCUCUUCUGGGGGUGUCAGGAUUAGGGGCUCCACAUGGUUAACUCCUGAGUGUCCAAGAGUGUUUUGGAGAGGCAGGCGGGGAGUGAGCAGAGUGGUGCCCUGGGAUCAAAGCUCUAUGGUGGUUGACGUCCCCUUCCCUUGUGUUCUCCUGCCAGGUGGCGUCAUCACCUACAUUGGCUCCAGCGGCUCCUCCCCGAGCCGCACCAGCCCCGAGUCCCUCUACAGUGACAGCUCGAAUGGCAGCUUCCAGUCCCUGACUCCAGGCUGCCCCACCUACUUCCCACCAUCACCCACUGGCUCCCUCACCCAGGACCCAGCUCGCUCCUUUGGGAGCAUUCCACCCAGCCUGAGUGACGAUGGUUCCCCUUCUUCCUCUUCCUCUUCCUCAUCGUCCUCCUCCUCCUCCUCCUUCUAUAAUGGGAGCCCCCCUGGCGGGCUACAAGUGGCCCUGGAAGACAGCAACCGCGUGUCCCCCAGCAAGAGCACCAGCAACAUCACCAAGCUGAAUGGCAUGGUGCUGCUCUGUAAAGUGUGUGGGGACGUGGCCUCGGGUUUCCACUAUGGCGUGCAUGCCUGUGAGGGCUGCAAGGGCUUUUUCCGUCGAAGCAUCCAGCAGAACAUCCAGUACAAAAGGUGUCUGAAAAAUGAGAACUGCUCCAUCGUCCGCAUCAAUCGUAACCGCUGCCAGCAGUGUCGCUUCAAGAAGUGUCUCUCCGUGGGCAUGUCUCGAGAUGCUGUGCGUUUUGGGCGCAUCCCCAAACGAGAGAAGCAGCGGAUGCUGGCUGAGAUGCAGAGUGCCAUGAACCUGGCCAACAACCAGCUGAGCAGCCAGUGCCCGCUGGAGACCCCACCCACCCAGCAUCCCACCCCAGGCCCCCUGGGCCCCUCACCGCCCCCAGCCCCAGCCCCCUCACCCCUGGUGGGCUUCUCGCAGUUCCCACAACAGCUGACGCCUCCCCGAUCCCCAAGUCCUGAGCCCACAGUGGAGGAUGUGAUAUCGCAGGUCGCCCGGGCCCACCGAGAGAUCUUCACCUACGCCCAUGACAAGCUGGGCACCUCACCUGGCAACUUCAAUGCCAACCAUGCCUCAGGCAGCCCCCUGGCCACCACCCCACAUCGCUGGGAAAGUCAGGGCUGCCCACCCGCCCCCAAUGACAACAACAUCAUGGCUGCCCAGCGUCAUAAUGAGGCCCUGAACGGUUUACGCCAGGCUCCUUCCGCCUACCCUCCCGCCUGGCAUCCUGGCCCUGCCCACCACAGCUGCCACCAGCCCAACAGCAAUGGGCACCGUCUAUGCCCCACCCACGUGUACCCAGCCCCAGAAGGCGAAGCACCCGCCAACAGUCUGCGUCAGGGCAACUCCAAGAACGUUCUGCUGGCAUGUCCCAUGAACAUGUACCCGCACGGACGCAGUGGGCGAACCGUGCAAGAGAUCUGGGAGGAUUUCUCCAUGAGCUUCACACCUGCCGUGCGGGAGGUGGUGGAGUUUGCCAAGCACAUCCCCGGCUUCCGUGAUCUUUCUCAGCACGACCAGGUCACCCUGCUCAAGGCUGGCACCUUUGAGGUGCUGAUGGUGCGCUUUGCGUCGCUGUUCAACGUGAAGGACCAGACGGUGAUGUUCCUGAGCCGCACCACCUACAGCCUGCAGGAGCUCGGCGCCAUGGGCAUGGGCGACCUGCUCAAUGCCAUGUUCGACUUCAGCGAGAAGCUCAACUCCCUGGCGCUUACCGAGGAGGAGCUGGGCCUCUUCACCGCGGUGGUGCUCGUCUCGGCAGACCGCUCGGGCAUGGAGAAUUCCGCUUCGGUGGAGCAGCUCCAGGAGACGCUGCUGCGGGCUCUUCGGGCUCUGGUGCUGAAGAACCGGCCCUCGGAGACUUCCCGCUUCACCAAGCUGCUGCUCAAGCUGCCGGACCUGCGGACCCUGAACAACAUGCAUUCCGAGAAGCUGCUGUCCUUCCGGGUGGACGCCCAGUGACCCGCCCGGCCGGCCUUCUGCCGCUGCCCCCUUGUACAGAAUCGAACUCUGCACUUCUCUCUCCUUUACGAGACGAAAAGGAAAAGCAAACCAGAAUCUUAUUUAUAUUGUUAUAAAAUAUUCCAAGAUGAGCCUCUGGCCCCCCGAGCCUUCUUGUAAAUACCUGCCUCCCUCCCCCAUCACUGAACCUCCCCGGGCCUCCCCUAUUUAAACCACUCCCCCCCCUUAUUCUCUAGCGCCCCCCUCUCCCCCCCCCCCGACUUGUUCUCUUCCUGUCUCAAAUCCAAUAGUUCACAGCUGAGCUGGCUUCUGUGGUGUGUGCUCGUUUUGGGGGUGGGAUGGGGUGGAAAUAUGGCCAAGGCUGGGGGCACACCUCUCCAUCUGGUCAGUUUGUGGGGUGGGUACUCUGCCAGCAGAUGGGAGGAUUCUGGGAAACAGCACGCAAGUCUAAGGGGGGGUGCCCAAGGGGAUUAUUUUCAUCAUAUAUUUAUUACAUAAAUAUAUAGUAAAAUAGACGAGCAACAAUUACCAUAAAAAUAUCUUUCUUUAAAAUCCUGACCCAAAACACAACGGGGUGAAAAAUCGCACAUAACAGACAUACUGAUUGUCAACGUGGGGCAGGAGUAGGAGCCCCCCGCAAGUCACCCCCACUGGCCCCACCCCUCCCCGGGGAAGGGCCCUACCUCCUUCCCUGUUUCUGGCCACAACCCCUCUCCCUCCCGCCCCAGCACCAGCUUCUCAUACAUUCAGUAGCGCCUCCAGGGAAGUGUCCCCCUCCUCCCGCCCAGGAGUUCCCAAGGCAGGAAUUACUGUCCCCCUUAUGGACGGUGUCUAUGUCACACGCCCUGCCCUCUCCCAGCCCUGUAGACCCGCCACCAGGGGAAGGGGUAGGGGCUCCUCCACCCCCACCCUCCCCAAGUCUGAGCAGGGAGGAGGCUGGAUGAGGUAUGUGUGUUAUGAGUGAUGGGAGGGGGAAUACUGAGAUGGAGAGGCGGGUGGUGGGGGCGGGGUAGUGGUCAUGGCUCUGGCACCCCUUUGUCCUGGCCUGGCCCCCCUUCUCCUAGUCCCAGCAGCCCCUCCCCCCGCCAAUACUGCACCCACUGCCCCACUCUGCCUGCCCUAGUGCCCCGGGCCAAUACUGGGGAGGCAUGCUAAGCACCCACGUCAAGGCCAUCCCCCUCAUUAGCACCAAUGGCCCCCAGGAGAGGGCCCUGUCCCCCACUUCCAAAGCAGGGACUGGGACGGCUGCCUCUCUAGAGCAGGUGCGUGACGCUCCUGAGUACCCCCCCCCGGCUCCGCCCCCACCACGUGUACUUGCUCACACAUUCACGCAGUGAAACACACACACACACACACACACACACAUCCCCCACAUCACCGAGGUGGGGGGGGGAAGGGGUCGGGUUCUGGGGCGGAGUAGGGGAAUCACAGCUCAUAUGACUGGGGAGGGGGGGGGUGGAUUCCCAAGCGCUUGUUAAGAGGCCAAGACUCUUCUGGGCCUUUUCUCCACCAUGUGCAUGGCUGAGACUGGGAAGGGAGAGGCAGAGGUGGGGAUGCAGGGAUGGGGGAAGACAGCAGACAGGUCAGGAAUUCCACUGGGCCCCCACGGGGUGGAAGGAGGGUACAGGAGGGCUUAUCUGGGACUAGAGUAAUACAGGAAUCAGUACCCCAGGAGAGAGAGAGAGAGAGGAUAGAGACAGACAAAGACAGCACGGGCAGCCCUCGAGCCCAAGGGGGGGCGGGGCAGGCACAUGCACAGGUGAUAGCGGGUGCUCUUCCAGGCCCUCCACCUCUGUCGCAACACCUGAACAGUGGGGGAAGAACACACCCUGAUGGGCAGCAUAGCAUUGCCUUCCCGUGUGUGUGUGUGUGUGUGUGUUUGUGUGUAUGCACGCACAUGUGCACGUGUGUGCACGUGUGGAGGGGGCUGUGGCAGGCUGAGGGUCAAGGUGGGGUGGCAGGUUCCCCACUGCUUAAGACAUUUUUGCCCCAAUAGUGCAAAGCGCAGGAAGCCCUGGCACCCCUCCCCCCGCCCCCUGCCCCAUUCCCCAUGGCUUCCGGGGGCAUCUAUGUCCACCCAUCCAUCCCUGCCGAUGUGCAGCCCUGAGCCCAGGGCCCUCUGGUCUGCUCUGUCCCUUCCCUCCCUCCCUUCCCCCCCCACCUACAGAGGGCUACCUCCUCCCUCCCUCUCUCCCCUGCGGAGCGGGGGCGACAGCCAAAGGGAGGAGGAGGAGGAGGGCAGCUCACCCAAGUGCAGACCAACAGAGCACUCCUCACCAGGAGGGUGGGAGGUGGCUCAAGCCAAAGUCCCUGAAUUAGAGAAGAGAGGAGGGGAGAGGGGUCCCAGGGGCACAGGGGCGGCUGGCCUAAAGAGCUUCAAAGGAAAAAAGGAGGAGCACCAACCGCCCCCUCCCCCGGGGCUUCGACUAAGUGCCAUUUAUCUGAGCACCCCAUUCCGGUGCCUGCCCGCCCAGAGUCUGGGUUAGUGCAUGGAGUGGGCGCGGGAGAGGAGGAGGGCAGGGGUUAGAGAGAGCCCGGCAGACAGAUGGAAACAGGGGCCUAAGGGGGUGGAGGCUCUGGGAGAAGCUCGCGCACACCCUCCCUGGCCCCCCAGUGCAGCAGCAUCUGGAUUGUAGCUAAUACUGCAGGAUGUGAGGAGGGCGGGAGCCUGAGCCACAGUUUUUCCUGUGUGGGUGCCAAGGUGCGGAAAGGGGUUGGGGGGGCACAGGGAGAGGCCCCUGGGGCUGGGCACUUGAAAGGGGAGCUGUGCGGGCAGCAGGGCAGG